AUUCAAACUCUUAAACUACGAUGACGAACAAGAUUCGUGUGAAUAGACUAUCGCGUUCUAGUACAAUGAUUCGGUCUCUGAUUCUGCUUGGAAUCGCAGCAGCAAUUCAAGCAGUCGAUAAAGGAAACUUCAAAACAUGCAGUCAGAGCUCAUUUUGCCAACGCAACAGAAAUCUACAAUCAGGUCAAUCAUCGUACAUAGCUCAGCUUAACACUUUACUAGCAAGUGAAACUCAGCUAUCAUUCAACAUACUCGACACAAAAACCAACGUAGUUCUCACAUCAACCGUGUUUGCACUGGAGGACAGAACGUUGAGGCUUAAGAUAUCUGAACUGAAUCCUAUUCGGCCCAGAUACGAAGUCAAAGAUUCAUUAGUUGGACAGCCAAAAGAACAAACUUUGAGGGUGACGUCAAAGUCAGACGAGCGGCUGGUGGCCGAGUUUGGUGACAGUAAUAAACUUGUCAUCACGUCGGCUCCAUUCCGCCUUGACCUCUACUUGGGAGAUACUCUGGUGAUUAGUACAAACCCUCGAGGACUGCUGAAUGUCGAACAUUACCGGCAGAAGAAGUACCAGCGUCUAGACAUUGAUAAAGAGCAGGCAGAAGAAAAGGAAGCAGAGGACGAAGCUGCUGAGAAAAAAGAGGAUGUCGUUGCAGAAGAGGAUCCUGAUGAGGAAGGAAUGUGGGAAGAAACCUUCAAAUCGCACCAGGACACCAAGCCUCAUGGACCCAGUUCUGUUGGGGUCGACUUCUCAUUCCUGGACUUCAAGCAUGUCUAUGGAAUUCCUGAGCAUGCUGAGAGCUUCGCACUCAAAACUACCAAGAGCGGCGACCCCUACCGCCUCUACAACCUCGACGUGUUUGAGUACGAGCUGUACAACCCGAUGGCGCUGUACGGCGCCGUUCCCUACAUGCUCGCGCACAACGAGCGGAACAGCGUCGGCGUAUUCUGGAACAACGCCGCCGAGACAUGGGUCGACAUCUCGUCCGAUGCAGUGGACAAGAACAUUGUAGGCAAGCUACUGCAAUAUGUGAAGGGAGAUGACGAGAUGCCCCAGAUGGAUGUGCACUUCUUCUCUGAGAGUGGCAUUGUGGAUGUUUUCUUCAUGAUGGGACCAAAACCGGCAGACCUCUUUAGGCAGUACAGUAUUCUGACAGGAACUACACCGCUGCCACCUCUGUUUGCCCUCGGCAAUCACCAGAGCCGCUGGAACUACAACGACGAGGAGGAUGUGGCGAAGGUCGACGCUGGCUUUGAUGAGCACGACAUACCGAUGGACGUCAUCUGGCUGGACAUCGAGCAUACGGACGGCAAGAGGUACUUCACGUGGGACACGAACAAGUUCCCGCACCCGGAGGACAUGCUGCGCAAUCUGUCGGCGAAGGGCCGCAAGAUGGUGACGAUCGUCGACCCGCACCUCAAGCAGGACCAGAACUAUGCCAUCUACAAGGAGGCGCACGAUCAAGGCCUGCUCGUCAAGGAUCGCAACUCUAAUGACUUCCAGGGCUGGUGCUGGCCGGGUAACUCGAUGUGGCCGGACUUCCUCAGUGAGAAGGUGCAGCAGUGGUGGGCGAGCAAGUUUGAGCCGGCGUCGUACCGCGCCUCGCUGCCGAACCUGUUUGUCUGGAACGACAACGAGCCGUCGUCUUCAACGGCCGAGAUCACGAUGCACAAGGAUGCGAGGCACGACGGGGGCUGGGAGCACCGCGACGUUCACAACCUGUACGGCAUGCUGGUGGUAAGCAGGGCGGCAAGGGGUCUGCGUCUGAGAUCCGGCGGCAACGACCGACCUUUCGUGCUCAGCCGAGCAUUCUUCGCAGGUUCUCAACGAUUCGGUGCUGUAUGGACGGGUGACAACCUGGCGGACUGGGGUCACCUGAAGGUCACGACGCCCAUGUUUCUCUCGAUCAGCGUGACGGGAAUCCCGUUCGUCGGCGCCGACGUCGGCGGGUUCUUCCGCAACGUCGACGGAGAACUGCUCACCAGGUGGUACCAGGCAGGUGCAUUCCAUCCGUUCCUGCGCACGCACGCGCACCUGGACACGCGUAGGAGGGAGCCAUGGCUGUUCACGCCCGAGGAAGCUCAGCGUAUGCGGCAGGCGCUGCGGCAACGCUACGCAUUGCUGCAGUACUGGUACACAUUGUUCUAUGAGCAUGAGAAGACCGGCUUGCCUGUCAUGAGACCGAUGUGGGCAGAGUUCCCCGAGGACGAGCAGGUGUUUGCAAUGGACGAUCAGUUCAUGGUCGGAUCAGCAUUGCUGGUUAGGCCUGUGGUCGAUUCUGGAGCCAAGGGUGUGAACGUCUACUUUGCUGGCGGUGACGAUAACGUUAUCUGGUACGAUUAUGACACAUAUCAGGCUAGGCAGUCUGACAACAAGGCUGUCUACAUCAAUGUUGAUCUGGACAGGAUUCCUGUCUACCAGAAGGGUGGCACAAUCAUUGCAAAGAAGGACAGGAUUCGGCGGGCGGCCAUGUUGGCCCUGCAGGAUCCAUACACGCUCAUCGUCGCACUAGAUAGCCACCAAAAAGCAGAAGGUACGCUAUAUAUGGACGAUGGAUUCUCAUUCCAAUACCAAAAGGGAGCAUUCAACUAUAGGCGAAUUGAAUUCGAUGGCAUGGAACUAAAAUCAACAAUGAUUGAUGGCGAUGCGGACUAUUCGACCAAGUCCUGGCUCGAGAGAGUGGUCAUCAUGGGACUCCAGAAGAAACCACGAAGCAUUCUCGCAAACUCACAACGCGAGAAGAAUGUGAAACUGUCGAGCAGCUAUUUGAACAAGGGCGAUACGCCUAUUCUCGUGAUACGCAAGCCUGACGUCAACAUGGCUGAGGACUGGACGGUCACCCUGACAUUCUAAGCAAUCAAACACUACACAAGCAUGCAGUCAAACACAUUUGCUCUCACACACGCUUAUUCAAACACACACUUAUUCAAACGCACACGCAAACACACGCACACCUACACGCACACGCAUGCACACGCACAAAAAAACAUCCACAAACAUACAGACUAACCUAGCUAAUUCCAGCGUAAUAAUAUGUUUGUUAAUGGUUGUUUGUUUAGCAUGAUUUCUCACAGUCACAUUGCUCGGUGAACAUUUCUAUGCUGCACUAGUUCAUUGCCGGUUUUUACAACGUGAACGAAUCGGGGGAGGCAAUGAUGGCAGCUGCUGUGUAUAUUUAAAUAUGUCAUCUUCAUCUUCUCUGUAUACUUUGUCUUCUUAUUCUUCUGCAAAGAGUAGCUGUUUCUGUGUGCAAAUAUUUGCAUCCUCGUGGAAUAGCAUAUAUUUUAUUGGCUAUGUCAAGAAAUGCGGGGGUAAGACUAACUUUCCAUCUAUCUGUUCGCUUUCACCUCGUUCCACGAGUUUAGUGGGUGGUGUCGUUGGCCACCUAUGACACCUCGUCUGUGCUCAGUAUUAUUUAAACGAUGGGUAUCCAAUUCUCGUACUUGAUAUGUAUUUGUAAGCGUCGAGCACUAAAUACAGCUUGAUAGCUGAUUUUCCGCCAUCCCUGGGACCAGCGCCAUCCUAUUCUUCGAGAACCGUCGGAGGUAUAUUAAUUGGCAGCCUCUAAAACUUCCAUGAACCCCGUCGCAAUCGCUCUACAGCAUCAUAGACUGCUACAAAGCUAUACCGGUACCUACAUAACAUAUCAUAAACAUAUUGAGCUGCUAUAUGGCUGCGGCAUGUAGGAACCAAUUAGAAAUACGUUAAAUUUUUAAUAUAAAUGCCCCCGUCGUAAAACUGGCCGGACCAUGAGAGGUUCGAUCUGGACCAUCGAUCGCCAGAAAAAAAAUCGGUGGGGACGUGCACAUUGUGUGAGGAACUUUAACCGAAUUAAAUAGCUGUGAAGUGUGAUUUUUUGAUAAAACUAAAAAAAAAAACAAGCGAGUCUAACUAGGAAAAGAACCAUGCAUCAUUCUUACUAAACUAUAACGUUGUCCGUAAAAUGGAGUGGCGACGUAAUAAACAACGAUUGCCCAUGUUGGAAUAUUUUAUUUGGGUGUCAAUCAGAAAGUUGGAGUGACGUGUGAAAUUUAUUAUAUGUAUGUUUGUCAGAUGUCUGUUUUCUACGAAGAAUAUAAGUCGUUUAAACUUCUGUGAUUAUGCAAUGUCGAACCGUGAGGAGAAGAGUUCGAUUACUCGAUUUCGAUGGUGAAACGAUUCCGGUUUUUUUAAUCACCAGGUGGCACUACUAAGAUGUAUUCUCGUAAUUUAGAAAAUGUGACCCAACGUUGGUCUACUACAUUUGUAUUUCCUAUUAUUUGUUUCUCAAAGUCCUGACUGUUUUUUCGCGAUAGUUGUGCAGAAACGCCAUUCGUACAUAGCUUGUCGUUUCGGGACAUUUCGAGGUCAGUUUUUUUCAAAGUGCGAGACGCGUUUCUGUGCAAAGCACAAUCAAGUAAAUCGUACCUAUCGGCGGGAAAAUUCGUACUCGUGUCCUCCCUGAUGAAAACGCUCGCGCAUGCACGCACGCAUGCACGCAUACACACCCUAUCCUGCCUCGUAAUUUUGCUGGGUAGCUCUCUGAAGCUCUCUACACUUUGAAUGCUGAUCUUGCCCCGGUGAUGAUUGUAUCGUUACGACAGAAAGCAGAGUGGAGAGAGAGAGAGAAAGCGCGCAGGUGACCGUACGAGGAUACUAAUUCUUACUCGCUGCCCGCGAGAAAUAGUAGAACUGUAUUUGGAUUGUGAAUUCGAUCUUUGAGGAAUGUGUCUUGUUGGAUUUAUAUGUUCAAGUUGGGGUUAGGUUGUAUUAAGAUGGUGUCCAACAUUUAAAAACCUGUGUACUGGCGUCUGUUUACGCCAUGUCUGGUUUCACUGCUCGUCAGAUUUAGCUCAAUUCGCGCUUCCGGGAAGUUGUGCUGAUGGUUUCAUCCACAUAAAUGUAUAGAGGUAGCCUAAUUGGUGUAUUAUUUCCAUGAUUCAAUCUAUGUCUUUUUGCAUGUUUGAAGGUAGUGUCACCUAAUGUUAACGAAAAGUCGAGAGCCUCAAGAGAAUCGCGGCAGCCUUGAUUGUGUGCUAGAUUGUAGGGUGAAUCGUUGCAAAAUAAAGAGCCACUUUGUUUAAAAAAGUCA